GACGUAACAAGGAAACUGGACAGUGUCUGGUAAAUUGUAAAGGCAUACAGGAUGAAACUGCUAGCACUAUUAAUGUUGGGCGUGGUCGCCCUCUCAGCGGCUGCUCCUAAAGUUGAAAAGGUUGAAGCAAUCGAGCAGCUUCCUUUUGAAAUCGCCGCCGCCGACGCUAGUCCCGAAACGCGGAACAUCCUGAUCAACAUUUUGAUUAGGCAGCUGUUCACUUUCAUCCGUUAUAUUAUCAACAAUGGAUCCUCCAUCUUCGGACUCCCCCCUCUCGAUCCUCUAAACCUUGAAAAUCUCCACAUUUACAUUCCAGCUGGACUUAUAAACUUGGAUUUGGAGAUGGAGGACGUGUACUCUUCGGGCGUCGGAGGCUUCGUAGUACACAGGAGCAACCUGGUUACCCGUCCUAACCUGACCUUCGACAUCGACAUCUCUGUUCCGUCUCUCGUCAUCAAAGCUGGCAAAUACAACUUACUUGGUGAUGUGCUCACUGCACUACCCCUUUACGGAAACGGUGAAGCAGAUUUCCUCGUGGAAGGAUUCAGGUUCCAAGGUCUGUUGAUACUGAAGCAGUCCGAAGAUGGCAAUUCUGUUCUGAUUGAAAGGAUAGAAAAUGCUGCCUUCCAGAUUCCUUCUCUCAAGAGUCAAUUGACCGGCGUCAUCGGAGGUGGUGACAUCGACAAUGUGGUUAACGCUAUCGUCGAGGAAGUCGUUUUGGACUACAUCAACCGCUUUUCGGGAGCCAUAGCGCUCCUCGCGUCUCGCGUGAUCGUCGCUGUUGGAAACCCGAUCCUCGACCAGCUCGACACCUGGAGAUUCAUCGCUCCUUUCGUUUAAAACUGUGAUAGAAAUUACAAUAACCUUGUAAAUACCGAACGCACAAUAAAGUACCUACCAGUCGAUUCUAAAAAAAAAUAUGUUAUUUAUUAAUCGUAAUACUUACUUAUUUAGGUACAUAACGCAAUAAAAACUUUACUAUUAUGAAAG